AUGUCGGCGUUCCGCAAAGCUUUUGCCGGGUUCCUCUCUGACCCUGUCACCUCUGGACAGGCUCUGGUCAGAGGCCCUGUCAACUUUGACUCGAGCCCUGCUCGCCCUAUCACGAUGUCGGCGGGGUUGUGCGCCUUGGAUUCCUUGAAACCCCCACCCGACUGCUUAUCGUCGAGUCCAGGCUCCAGGUCCAGCGCUGAGGGGUAA